AGCUUGUGGGCGCUCGUUUGUGACAUCCGCGUUGACCAGCUGGAUCUACUGACUGAACAUGCCGGCUGUUUUGGCUGGCGGCGGAGCUGUGGUUGGUGGCGGAGCUGUGGUUGGUGGCGGAGCUGUGGGUGGCGGCGGAGCUGUGGGUGGCGGCGGCGGCUUCGGCCUAGGCGACUACCUUUUCGGACUUUUCUAUCAGAAGUACCAGGAUGGUGUCAAUGAGUCAAUCACCUACACUGGUCCUGGUCUGGGCCACAUUGAGAGCCGUCUUGUUGAAGUUAACCCAGGCCAAGGAAGUUACGCCAAGGCUAAGACGCCCACCUAUGGUUACAGGCCUCGAUAUUGUGUGAUUGGUUGUGGAGCCGCCCUUUGCAUUUUGAUCAUCCUCCUCCCGUUUCUAGCCUUGUGCCAGGUACGAAGUUGGUUUACUGGCGAGACCUGUGGCAUGCGGCAAGAUCCAUGCGAAAGCCGAUGCACUGUAUUAUCAGUCGGUCAGACACAGAUCAAUGACCCAUUCUGCUGUAGUUGCCCUCAAGGAGCUACAUUCGAUAUUUGCAAACAGGCUCCACAAGUUCAUGAUGUGGUUCAUCGCCACUAUGGCACUGUCUACAGGAAGAUCCCGGAAAAUCAUUAUGUGAAGGUUCAGAUGCCAGAAAAGCCACCCAUCGUGCACACUGUGAAAGAUAUGGCUCCAGCCACACAUUAUGAUUGCAGUGCGGGCUCAUCAGAUCCAGAUCCGAGUUGGGACGAGAAGCACAUUCGCUGGUGCUGCUACAAAUACCGGAUGUACUGCCCACAGCGUGUGGUGGACAAAAACAUCUACCACACUGUGACCAAGAUUCAGCACGUGAAGGUCCCAGUCCCGGAGCCCAUGCCCACGCAUGCUCCAAUUAUCCACACCAUCCAGCACUCCUAUCAUGUGCCAAGCCCACCAACAUACGUGAAAGUCAACGUGCCGGGUCCGAAGAUCGUGAAGCCGGUCGUUGUGAAAGACAAUGUGCCGUACCCCGUCAAAGAACCUCCACAGAUCAUCAACGUCAAGAAGCCGUACCCUGUCCACAUCAAGGGUGACGAUCACUACGUGAAAGUUCCCGUGCCUUCUCCACCUCAUUAUGUGACGCACUACCACACUCAGUGGCACACAGUGGUCGACCCAUUUUAUGACUGCCACAAUGGCCUUGACAGCUGGCACAGCCUUUGGUCUCAUUCAAAGCAACACUGGUGCUGUCAACACUCUCAUCUUGGCUGCCAGCCAGUCGGACACUGGGAAAAGGUUGUCCAUGUGAUUCACACCUAUGAUUGCCAUGCUGGAUUCUCCAACUGGUACCAUGGCUGGUCGGACCCAAAGAAAUCCUGGUGCUGCGCCAACAAACACAUGGGCUGCCCUGGAACCUGGCAUGGCCACUGGCAUGCUCAUGCAGUGGUUCACGUCGCGAAAGUGCACGGAGUGGGCAAGGGCGGUUAUGAUUGCAACGCUGGUGCAUCCAACUGGAUGCAGGGUUGGUCAUCAAAGAAGAAGGACUGGUGCUGCAGCAACGGCCACAGCCAGUACUGCGUGAAGUUCCAUUGCCACGAAGAUACAGCCAACCAAGCUAGCUGGGCCUCAGACAAGCGCGACUUCUGCUGCCAGAAUUUCCAAUUGGGCUGCCCACAUACCACCUUGUCCCCACUCGGCUGUGACGCCCAAUGCGAAUUGAACGGAGAAUCCUCGACCUGCCAAGAGCGCAUUGACUGGACGCAGAAACACGUCUUUGGCGAGAAGAGCAACGGUUGCAAUCUGGCCUACAGCAGGAUUCAGGUGGAGUGCGAUGUGUGCCGUGCAUGCACCAUUCAGGCCGCUGGCUGCGGAGAGCAAGGGCCAGGAAAAGCAGCGUUUGAUUGCCAGGCUGCCUUGGGCAAUUGGUGUCGUGCGUGGUCUCCGGCCAAAAAGGUUUGGUGCUGCAAAGAGAAAGGAAAAGGCUGCCAGUCUGUGAGCGCACCACCUGCCUGCGAUGCUGGUGAGGGUAAGGUGUGGAAGAAGGUUUUCAUCAACGGCCACUGGUCUUGGGAGGCUCACAUGGCACAUGGUGCUGUGUCCGUGCAGAAGCCUUAUGAUUGCCAUGCAGGACUGGCAGGAUGGGCACAUGGAUGGUCGGAGCCGAAGAAGACCUGGUGCUGCGGUCAUGAAAAGCUUGGCUGCCCUGGCUACGUGUACCAUGGGGCUGGAGCUGGUGGGAACACUCAUGUUGUUGUCACCCACCAUUUUGUCGCUGGCGCUGCUGGUGGUGCUGGUGGUGCUGGUGGUGGUGCUGGUGGUGCUGCCGGCGGCCACAGCUGGUCUAGCAGCGGCAGCUAUUCUCACAGCCACCACCACGUCCAUCAUGUCGUCCACGUCCACCAUGUGGUGCACUAGGCCAUGCCAAAUUCAUGCUGCACGCAGCAGGUGCGAUGCCUGUCAAAGAGUCACUUUGUUUUGUGAGAUAGCCGAGUCACUUUGUUUCAUAUCUAGCGAUGGCCUCCACCCUAGUAGAGAUGGCCUCCACCCUAGUAGCGAUGACCUCCAACCUAGAAGCAAUGACCUUCAACCUACUAGCCUGAAUGUGAGAUCCUGUGUUCUUUUUUCUAGACCGCUCAGGCCGAGAUGGCGUAGGAAGGAGAGCACAACCUCGCUCAGCAUUCGCAGCACGUGUCUGAAAAGAACCCCCCAAGGGCACUUAGACUUGCUUUUCCAGGUCGAACUGAAUGGUCUUUAUCUGUUUUUGGCUACACAAAAUCACAGCUGUCUGAUGUGUCAAAGCUAAGACAGCGUUGUUUUGGCCAACAGCGAGAAUCCACGUGCCUUGCACGGCACGAAUGGUCGAGGGAACUUUGUUGCGAGCUGUGCCAGCGAGCGGUGCCAAAGAUCUCCACACUAAUUCGAGCAUGCCAAGUAUGUGCGAAUACGGGCUUGAUGGAUUGAUUGCCAAGACAGUUUGAUUGCCAAGUAUGCCACCAUUUCUCCGUUUCUUCUAGGUUUGGAAAGCAAUUUGUGUGUGGCCUUCUUGUUUCUGAAGGCCUGCGCAAACUGAGACCUGGUUCCACUCUUGGUGUUGAUUUUGCCCGUGCUUCCAGGGUGCAAUACUGGUUUGCGAGACAAGGGACCAGAGGCGAGCUCGUACACAUUGUACUUUAUUGUUGAAUUGAGAAUGACUCCACGAGUCAUACGAUACGGCCGGUUCAAACCUGGCAAACCGAAAUGCACUGUCUUGAUUGGAUGCUUAAGGCUUUGUGCUAAGAUUGGGCCAG